AUGUGUACAGUAGGAAUUUACAACAAUGAAUUGUGCAAUAAUAACACGAGCAGUGUAAAAAUUCGAGAAUCAGAAAUGUGUUUGCAGCUCGAGCAUGUAUUUUUUACGGAAUAUGAAAUAUUUUUAAUGUUGUUUACAGACAAGUGUUUCUUCCUAACGUUCUGACAUAAUUCCAGUAAUUCACAAGAAGAUAUCUUGCAAAUUUUCAAAUAACAUUCCGCCAUUAAUUAUUACGUUUGCAUAACUCAUUAUUGGAAAUUGCUAGUGUAUCAUUUGUUUUCAUGAAAAUAUUGCCCGAAAACUAUACUAAUAAUUUUUUCAUCCACCUGAUAAAUAUAUUGACCUUACGAGAGAGAAGACGUUCUAAUAUAUUUUUCUUUUAUCUCGACGGUUUGAGUAACAGUGAUAAAAAAAAUAAGGGCUUGGCUAUUAUCUUGAAUACACAUAAGAUAGUUAUAUACGUAAUAUAAUAUUUAUUACAUAAUACAGUAUUGACUGUAGUAUUGUGCAAUAAAGUAUCGUCUACACUUCAUAAGAGUUACAAGCCAGAUCACCACGAAUUUUAUGAUUCUUUGUUUCAGAAAUUACUGUCGUUCUUCCACCCCAAGUCGACGCGAGUGGACAAAUCGGACAACAAUAAUACAACCAACUCCACGACCAACAACAUCCACAACAAUAUGCCGAUGCACGAGCCUAUCAACGCGACAUCUCACGAUGUGUAUCCUGGCAGAUUGCCAAUGACAGCUGCCGAAGCUCUCAAGUAUUACGGCUCGAGGCUCACCGAGUUCGAGCGCGCCGAGAUCGAGAAGUACUCGGAGAUUUGGUAUCUCGGGCUGUCGGCUAAUAAAAUCCGCGGCGAGGAGGGUGCAGCCCAAAACGGUGGAUACGACGACGAAAACGGUAGUUACAACAAGGUCUUCCACGAUCAUAUCUCGUACAGAUACGAGAUACUGGAGGUGAUCGGGAAAGGGAGCUUCGGUCAAGUGAUCAGAGCGUUGGAUCACAAGACGGGACAGUACAUCGCCAUCAAGAUCAUCAGGAACAAAAAGAGAUUCCAUCACCAGGCGCUCGUCGAAGUGGAGAUCUUGGAACACCUGAGGAAGAAAGACUUGGAGGCGAACGCUUCGCACAAUGUGAUACACAUGCUAGAAUACUUCUACUUUAGGAACCAUUUGUGCAUCACCUUUGAGUUAAUGAGUUUGAAUUUGUACGAGCUAAUCAAAAAGAAUAACUAUAAGGGAUUCAGCCUGAGCCUGAUACGACGAUUCGCCAACUCGUUAGUUAGCUGCUUGAGACUGCUGUAUAGAGAGAAGAUCAUCCAUUGCGACUUGAAACCCGAGAACGUGCUUUUGAAACAGCGGGGAAGCAGCUCGAUCAAGGUGAUAGAUUUCGGAUCGUCGUGUUACAGCCACCAGCGUGUAUAUACGUAUCUCCAGUCGAGGUUCUAUCGAAGUCCAGAGGUGAUUCUGGGCCUUCCGUAUGGUACGCCGAUCGAUAUGUGGAGCUUAGGCUGUAUCCUGGCCGAACUUUACACCGGUUGUCCGUUAUUCCCCGGCGAGGAUGAGAUCGAACAGCUCGCCUGCAUCAUGGAAGUUCUUGGCCUCCCGCCGGAGCAUAUUAUCGAUCACGCGACUCGUCGCAGGCUCUUCUUCGAUCCGAAGGGAAGCCCUCGAUGCGUGACAAACAGCAAGGGCAAGAAGAGGUGGGCUGGCAGUAGGAAUCUUGCCGUGGCUCUCCGUUGCACCGACGCGCUUUUCGUCGACUUUGUUCGCAGAUGCCUCGAGUGGGAUCCAAAGAAGCGCAUGACCCCCGACGAGGCGAUGCGUCACGAGUGGCUGAACUCGUCCUCGUUUCACGUUGGCUCCUCGACGUCGACGAUAGCCGCGUCGACGGUGAACGCGAAUACGAACGCGAACGCGAACACAACGAGCAUGGAAACGUCGUCGCAGUCCGCCCACGCUCAAACGGUGAGCGUGACGGUGAGCGCGCCGAGGCAACGGGCCACCACCGUCGAGGAUCCUCCGUACGCGAUGUACCGUCUGUGCAAGGGACGAAAGUACGUGCAGAGGAUCAGCACGACCGAGAACACCGACAACGCUGGACUCGUGGUGAAGAGCAAGCUGAACGGAAGCGCCAGCAGCCACGCGCUCGCCAGUAGCACGCAGACCACUACCUCGAGGCACGCCUCGACCGGCGAUAUCGUCGCGAGUCUGGACCCAAAUCUCGACGAUUCCGAGCGAACAACAGGUUGGAAGAUCGAUUUGGUCACGACAAUAAAAAGCAAACCACGUACACAUACACAAACGCAUACUCGAUCGUGCGACCGGUUAAGACCAAACUAA